CAAGCGGAAAGAAAGCAAAGAUAAGAGUAGACAGUCAGACAGAGACAGCGAUGGAGCGACCAAGGAAGCGCAGGUAAACAUUUCGCCUGAAGUUUAGCUAACGUCUGUCAAAAAACGCACAAAAAGGAAGCAUUUCUCGCAGCGUGUGCAAGCAGAAGGGCAGUGUCGUGAAGAACGUGGUCGAACAGGCAAAACACGCACAGCUCCAAUUGGUAAGGCAGAAAUUAGAUCUAGCGCGCUGCUUGACGUUUGACGUUUUGCCAAAUAGAACGAGCGAAAAAAGAGCGAGAGGCAGUACGCAAACAAGGCAACAACGCACGUACGGCAACGACUGCUGCAAACAUAGUUUCACGGUGAUUUCAUCCCUUUUCGUAGCAACGUAGAGUAGACAAAAACAACAUUCCCUAUAACACGCACACACUCAACGACGACUUUCGCCAAGAGGACAGCAGGUGCGGAAUCUGUGCCCGAGCAUCGCUUUCGUACCGAGGUCCCCCGCUAUACCCCGCUACCUUUCUCGACAACCAUCAGCACCACCACCAGCGCCGACCUUCCGGAAACGUGUCCCGCUAUUCCAUCUAUUCCGAAUCGCGAUGGAUUCGGUCCUGAAACCGAUCCAACGCUUCCUGUACAUCGGCAGUGACGUGCCGUUUGUGCUGGAUCCGCCACAACAGCUGGAUGUGGAGAUCGGGAAGAAGAUUCUUGGGACAGUGGUGAAACCGGCCGAAUCGGAAGCUGCACCAUCAACCACCGGUGAGACAGUGCAGCAAAACUCCAACCCGAAAAAGAACAACCCAAAGACCGUCAAGCAGGAAGGCGAAAAGGGAGUAAAAAAGGAAGAGGGAAAUAAACCGAACACGACGAAAGAUGCAACAGCGCCUGCGAAUGCGGCGGAACCGGUGCCGGCCAAACCGCUGCAUCCGGUGCUUGCGCUGAUUAAGACGACGUACAAAAGCAAAACACUCCGCCGAACGGAUGAGUGUUUGUUUGCGUUGGCAUACUGUGCGCGGAACCUUCCCACGCCCGAGGAACGGCAUACCGUUUACGAUCUGCUGGUGGAGCUAAUCCGCGCCUCAAACGAUCUGCUAGCGUUCGUCGCGUACUACAUCCAGCUCGCCACCCAAUCCGGUCACGCCGGGUUUGGGCAUGGCUUGCGCAGCGCCAUCACGCGCUGGUACGAUCGGUUCUCGCCGACCGAGCUGGCGGAAGUGCUCGUACGCAGCACCGCGUACGCUGGCUGGACGCACAAGGAUCUGAUUGCAAAGGUGCAUCCGAAGCUGCAGUGCGCCGACAAGCAGACGCUCAUCGAUGCGGCCACCAAGCGGACGAGCCAGCUGCAGCAGAAGAAAGCGCCCGAGAAGAAGGGCAAGAAGAAGAAGCAGAAAGGCAAGGCUGCUGCCCCGCUGCAGCAACAGCAGCCUCCGGCGGCAAACACUUCGAAAGCGUUCAAGCGCUACCAAGUGCUGCUGCAGUUUAAAUCGGUUAUGACCGUUGGGAAGGCGCUGGAGCUGAUCAAGCUUCAUGGCGGAAAGGGGCGGCUGGAACUGCUUCCGAAACAUUUGCGCCGUUCGGCCAAGAUAUGGGAGGCUCUCUACGCCAAUCUGAGCUAUCGCGAGCUGCUGCACGCGGUGCUGCCAUUGCAAGACUUCCGGCUGCUGAAGGAAGGUGAGCCGAACGCGAAAGCGUACGCCGACUCGCUCACCAAGCGGCUCGAUGCGCUGGAAGGGGAACACAUCCACCCCAUCGAGGUGCAGACGGUGGCCAUACUGUACGCAAAAGGCCGACGCUAUGCGACGCAUGUGAAGGAAGCGUUCCACGCGUUGCACCAGACGGAAAUGUGCCCACCGGUGAAGGACAUCCUGCUGGGGCUAAAUGACGCUUUCGAGCAUUCGUUCGAUCACCAUCCCAAGACGGGUGUGCGUUACUACAUCGCACUCGAUCUGCGUUGCGUCCACGACAAAAAGCAAAUAUUUCGCAACGAGGCCGUGACCUGCUUCCAGGCUAGCGUAAUGCUAGCAUUUUGCAUCUUCAAGCGGGAGAAGGCCGUCACCGUGGUGGCGUUUACCGACGAGGAGCAAACCCUCGCCCCGGUUGCGUUUGAACCGACCAUGACAUGGGACGACGCGCUCAAGCAUUGCGUUGGCUUGAUGUUACCCAAAACGAAGGUAUCGCUGGCCGCUCCGAUCAAGCACGCCGAUGCGCAAAAGGUAAAGGUGGACAUGUUCAUCACCAUCACCGAUUCGCUGAUUCGUGUAAAUCCAACCCGGCGUCCUCCGGUGGCCGAGAUGGCGGAAUAUCGCAAGAAGACAAAGUUGCCACUGAGCAGAUAUCUGGCAAUUUCACUCAGCCGUCAUUUGCCGUCGCUGGAGUUUUCCCCCGACAGUGAUACGGGUGGAAUCUUGGAAAUGGUUGGUCACAGUGCUGGCAAUGCCAAACUGAUCGAGGCAUUUGCCAAAAACCAAUUCUUCUAGGAUGGCACGAGCAAUGUAAUGGAUAUGUAAGAGCCUACCUUAAGCGUCACUUGCACUAUAUUUACGAUAUUUAGGCGUUAUUGAGAAACUCAAUAAUUCUGAAUUUCUAUUGGUUUAAUUUUACGUUAUUCCGUUAUUCGAUUGCGAUUAAUGUUUAAAUUCAAAUUUUCCUUUUAAUACUUUUUUCUCAAUCUUCGGUACGCGAAGAAUCUUUAUCUGUUGAUCUGUUUAUUUGGUUUUGACAUCUUGAUCGUCCAAGAUUAUAUUGAGUUGAAUUGGAAUUGGGUUAAUGUUUUACCGUCUUUAUGUAAGAUCUGUGUCAUUCAAAUGGCAAAUCUGUGGAAUUGGCCUUAAAACAUAAAUUAGGUAUUAGUUGUAUUUCUUUUAUGAAGUAUAUAUUCGUUGAAAUCUGAGUCCAACUGGAUCAUAUUCGCUUAAAAUACACGGUCUAUUUCCUAUUUACAUUUAUUAGAGUUUGAUUAAAUGAUUCAUAUAUUAUCAGUUAAAAUCUGCAUAAUUUCUUAUAUUUUUCUUCGAAUUGAGAUGAAUUAUGAGUUACUUUUGAUUGUUUUCGUAGUAUUUUUCCCCAACAAUCUACACAUGCUGAUGUUCUGGUGGCUAUGUUCAGUCUGCGUACACUAUUUUUGAAUAAUUUCCAUUUCCAUGAAACUGUUGACCUAGUCAGUUAUAGAACUAUGUCUAUUAAGGACAUGCUAUAAACGAGCUAUCCAUAUCGUCACAUUACACAAGGCCGGUUGGUACUGGCACUCUACACAAAACAAUAGAACAAAAGAUUAAGUGAGUUUAUCCAUAGACACAUAUAUUAAUGGGUCAAAGAUGUGCAUCAGUCGAAAGCGUUUAUUUAUGUUUCGAGCAAAGUUUAUUUGCUUUCAACUGCUUACUCUUAUUAAGCUCCUCUUAAAUCACGUAUGCGUAUGUUGUGUGUAUUAAUGGUGAUAGAAUAGUACUCAACGUUCUCUCAUUAUGUGUAGGACGUGUGAGGUGUGUUAGCUGUUAGAAUGUAAGACAAUAUGUUUGUCUGUUGAAAGCACUGCUAUCACGUAUUUUAGCAUCCCGUUUAAACAAUCUUAACCUGUGCAUACAUCACCAAAACCCUGCACAAACCUCCGCUGAACACCUUUUCUUUUGUCGUGUUUAUUAUUCAUUCACUAAUUAUGUGUUAGUUCCUCUCCUGAUCGGCUAGAUAGUUGUAAGGGAAAAUUAGAAGGUAACGAUUUAAAAUAAUCCAAAAAAACAAACACAAAUCACAAGUGGUAAUGGUUUUGUAUCGUGAGAGCGAACAUAUGGAAUGAAAUUCUAAGCAAACUACCCAACCUUGCAAAACGAAUCCAAUCAAAUUAUACAAUAAUUGAUAAUAUGCUGUGAUCCAUAAAAAUGGUAAAAAUUUACCGACCAUUUUUUCCACGUAAACUGUUCUAUAUUACUUAUUCUUCACUGUUAAAGUAUGUUUUUGCUAGAAUUCACAUGUUUUCAUUCGUUUUUUUAGAUUUGUGUAAUAGUUACAGUUUUUAAAUCCUUCUCUUAACAAAAGCGCUACUCUUAUAAUAAUCCAAUGUUCUAAUAGAAUUAAGAUCGUAAUAAUCGAAUGAAAACCCAUUGUAUUUGUGAGAUUAUUGGCGCAUUCAUGUAGGAUAUCAUAAGGUUUUUUUUUGUAUGUAGAUGCAACAUGCAAAUAGAACAUAAAUCCGAGGUCUAAAACAAACCAAACUGGGCUACAGUUUACGAUUUAAAAAAACGAUAAAAAGUGCUUCUUAAAUAAUGUUUUAGAGCCGAAUCUCAAAACACAGAUUGAAAAAUAUCAACCCAUGUACUAUGUACUAUUCCGUUCAGGCGUUAAACGAUAUCCGAAUCAAAGGAGAUGAAAAACCGCACACAUGCAGCAGUGUAGUGAUGAUUUUUGUUCAAUUGAGUACAACAUAAACGUACAGUAAUGAAAACGAAACAUGGCACGGAAAAACGAAAGCAUCAUAAAUUAGAAGAAGGAAACAAAUAAGUCAAUCGCACUUCACAAACUGCCGCUGCAAAGACGCUUUCAUUCUGGUUGAUACUAAUUUUGUUAAACGAAAACAAUCAAAUCAAACGAAACACUACCGGAGGAAAUGGUUGAAAGGACGUGUAUUGUUAUGUUUUACAUUUUUAUCGUAUUAAUGGCCAGUGCACUUUGAAACCGUUCACACACAAGAGGAAGCGACUUAAUCAUAAUCAUAGUGAUACAAAAAAAAAAAUAAUAACAAUGGUAAAACCAAUCAUCAUCUGCCAAGUACGGUGAAGGGUUGGGUCGAGCGGACCGAAAGUAUGGCGACAAGUAUUGUUUCAUUAGUAUUUGUAGAGCAAAACAAGCGCAACAAAAAAGUUGACAAAAAACGUUCAAUGCGAGAAUGUGAGAUAGUAUCAAAUGACCGACAACACAGGCUAUUCGUUACAAAAAUGCCGUUUGUUUGUUCUGUUUCGAACAAAGCCACGCAACAAAAGAAGACUGUUUAAGCGUUUAAAGUAAAACCAAAGGAUGUAAAUUUUCGUUUGUUCGUGUACAAUAUUUGGUGAUGUAAAAUUGACCUUUCUGGCAGCUCGUUUUACAUCAUUUCCGUUGCACCGGAUGCACAAAUUUGCAGCGAACGAAAAUUACACAACAUUAAAAGACGGGUAUACCUUGAUGAUAACUAUGUAAAUUAGUACUGUACAGCAAGCACGAAUUUGAACGUAAGAGCAACAUUUUAUUCGUACUCCGUGAGCUAUAUGCUGGCCGCUCGCCCACUCUUGGACCCUAUCCGUGGCGCUCUCUCUCUCUAUUUCUCUGUACCCUGUAUGAAUGUGAUAAAACGCAACUACAAAAAAAGAUAGCCAACUAAAACGGUUCCAAGCUCCAAAAACGGACUUAAAAAGGAAACCCCCAAAACCGAUACAACAUUUAGCAAAAAGAAUAGAAAGAGAAAUUGGAAAAGAAGAGUAACCAGCAAAUGUUAAAUUACCUACUGCAUUCGAAAACUAAAUAGAACAAUAAUGAAUUGCGAAAUCCAAAUCGAAGGAUAUAGGCAUGGUGAUAUUUUUGAAGCAACAUCAAACAAAUUCUAAAUGAAAGCAAAACAGCCUAUCGAUGAACGCGUUAUGCUUUGAUUUAUUAGCGAAGGAAAGAGAUUACUAUUCGCCCCCGCGAUUACACCGAGAACCGAAAUCAAUACAGCUAAAUAUUGUUUUACGAGCAUAUUCGAUUUCUCUCCACUCACUGCACACGAAAGUAUUUAAACAUAGGCAUGCCUAUUAUAUGGUAAAACCAGACAACCUGAAAACGCUUAAACAUUAAUUGUAGUGACGUAGGAAGAAGUGGAAGCAAUCCCGUUAUGAAAUCCUAAAACAUACAUGUUUUGUUGUUGCUCUGCGUAAAUGAGGUUUUUGUUUUGAUAUUACAUAUUUUAAGUGAUAAUUCAAGCGACGUUUUCGAAGCGAAAAACAUACACACACACACACACACACACACACUAUCCAGUCACGACUGUACAAUUAUAUACAGGUGAUAUGAUUUGUCAGGCGUCACCUGUUCAUAUAAGCUCAUAACGUUGGAAGAAGACUGAAAUUUGGUCAAAAAUGUUCAUAUACCUAGCACCACAUAUACGUCACAAAGGACUUCGCGUCCAUCACAAAACAAAACGAGCGAUUAAUAGGAAUGUUAAAAUCUUAUGAAACACUGAACAGCUCUAAAAACUGACCAAUUGAAACACACAAACCAUAGACACAAGGGAGGGGACUGAUUAAUUCGGAAAAUUAAACCGAGUGAAUCGAUGAUUUCCCCAUGUUCGAAUAAUUAAUUAUUUCUUUUGUUUUGAGUUAAUUUGGCACAUAGGAGAUUUAGAUGGUUAGUAAAAUGAAGCUGAAAAUAAUAUUUAAAUGUAAUGUUUACUUUAAGCGCUUAAGUGCUUCUAUUUCUUCGCGCUCUCUCAAACCCCUCCCUGCGGGGCGUAUGCUGAUUUGAUUCGUAUACCUUUCACAAGGACAUUCACCCCCGGAGUUGCAAAAGUACGUGGUUUAUGUGGAUGGAAGAUGCAUAUUUGCUAAUUUUGCUCCACCGUUAUAUGAAUCUUUAUUUUUUACAGUAGCCUUAAACCAAGAAUCGAAUCAUUUUGAUACCUUACUCUCUGCUACAAACUACUAUUGGCUAGCAAUAUCUAGGCAAAUAAAUUAAAACAACGCACCCGAAACACGUGCGAAAGGAUAAUGAAGCAACACAAAAUGCCAUAACCUCUCGAGAUAGUUAAUAUUUUUGAAGCGAAGGAAGUGUGUCAGAACUAAAAAAAAAGAACUGAAAUCGUUAAGAAAACUAAAGAAAGGCAAACAAACUAAAUGCAAACCAGUCAAACAGACCACCAAAAAUGGAGGAAAAGAAAAAAAACAAACAAUGUUAUUUUUGUACGAAAACCAGUUUACGAUAAACGGACAAAAAACAAUAAUAAAAAAACAACAAUAUUGGGCUUUAUACAAAUUCAAACCCUCAAAAGCAAAUCGCCAGAGUUUGG